AUGCUGAACAAUAUGGACGAUAAUAGUAGCGCUGAUGAUGAUGAUGAUGCUGAUGAUGAUGAUGAUGAUGAUAAUGAUGAUGGUAAUAAUAAUAAUUAUGAUGAUGAUGGUCAUGACGAUGAUGAUGAUAAUAAUAAUAAUAAUGGAAUAUUAUGGAAUCGUAUCGUUGACCUUGAACACCAAGUUCAAUCACAUGAGAAAGAACUUAUGUAUUUGCGUUCCACAGCAGCCGAAACAUUACGUCGUUUAAAUGAUCUCGAACAAUCAUUACAAAUCUCAGCCACAAAUACCACCGCCAUGAUCACUAUCACAACAACAUCAUCAUCAUCAACAACAACAACAACAACAGCAACAGUUAUUUCAAGUCCUUCGAUGCAAGCUACCUCAUCACCAUCAUCACAAAUAUUGCAUUUAACCCCAAGUUCAGAUAACAAGCAAUCAUCACAGAAUUGCUUCAUUUCACGUUCAAUGCAUAAUUUGCAUUCAUUAACAUCAAAAAAUCGACCAUUAAUUAAUGGGCAUGCACUACAUCCUACCACUAAUGAAAAUGACAAUCAAAUGGUAUCAAAUCAGAAUUUAUUAAAUGGCCCACGAAGAGUUGAUCAGGAAACGAAUAUUAAAACAUCAAUGACAACGAUACGAAUGAAGAAAUGGUUGAGUAGUGCCGAUGUGAAGUGUAGUAGAGGAGGAGGAGGAGGAGGAGGAGGAGGACGACGACGUAAUUCGCGAGAUCAUCUAAUGAGGAAUAGUAAAGUUGGUACAUCAACUAAUUUAUCAACAACUGAUUUAUCAUAUUGUAAAUCAACAAGAUUAGAAUUACGAGAGCCAUCAUUUCUAUGUGAGAAAGGUGUGCUACAGAUAUUUGUAAACGGUAAAACGGUACAUCUUCCAGUACCUAAUUCAAUAACCAAUCUUGAUCUUACAUGUCAACUUAAUGCACCUCAAUGUGAACCGACACUUAAUUGGGUUUAUGGUUAUCGUGGUAAAGAUUGUCGUGGAAAUCUUCAUGAAUUGCCAACUGGUGAAAUUAUCUAUUUCACGGGUACCAUUGUUAUAUUACAUAAUCCUAAUGAAGGAUUACAACGAUAUUAUACUAAACAUACCAGCGAUAUUAAAUGCAUAGCUAUUCAUCCAAAUAAGCUACAUAUUGCCACCGGUCAAACAUCGAGAUAUUUUCUGGAAAAAAGCGGUUUCAACUUUUAUCGAUCACCAAUAUCUUCAAUCACAGAAUUGAACAACAUUUUAGAAACUGACCAGUAUAAGGCUCAUGUACGUAUUUGGGAUUCAGUAACAUUACAAACGCUACGCAUAAUUGGAACAGGUAAUGCAAGUGCAAAUUUUGAUCGAGGUGUUCAAUGUUGCGCAUUUAGUCAUGCUACAACAGAUGGCAUGCAACUUGCAAUUAUUGAUGAUUCUUACGAACAUAUACUUAGUGUUUGGGAAUGGCAAAAAGGAAAAAAAAUCGCAGAAAUCAAGGAAAGUUUCCAAAGUGCAAAUGAUCAAGUGUUUGCAUGUGAAUUCCAUCCGUAUACCAAAAAUGUCCUGAUGUCAUACGGUAAAGGUCACUGCAAUCUUUGGACCAUUGAUAGAGCAAUACUCAUCAAAAAGCCUAUUACAUUUGAGGGUCGUAAUAAACCAAAAUUGGUACUUUGUUCACAUUUCACUGAACGUGGACAUAUCAUAACAGGUGAUUCCAAUGGUACGCUAACAAUUUGGGAUACAUAUCAAAUUAAACCAAUUCGACAAGUAUCAAAGGCUCAUAAUGGUGGUAUUUGGGCAUUAUGUUUACUUAGCAAUGGACAUUUUAUUUCGGCUGGUAAAGAUCGAAUGUUAUUUGAAUGGGAAACUGAUGGUUUAACAAAGAUUCGUGGUCCUAUAACAUUUCCGGAUGAAGGAAGUGGUUUUAUACGUACUAUAGCAUCAACAUCAAGUUCUCGUUUAUUCAUUGGUACAACACGGAAUACAAUUUGGAGUGGUACAUUGGAUAAUGGUUUUCAACGAAUUCAACAGGCACAUGCAGAUGCUGUGACACAUAUUACCUCGCAUCCAACAAAACCACAAUUUCUUUCUUCCUCAACUGAUAACAAAUUACGAUUGUAUGAUACGGAAACGAAAACGAUACUUUGGAGUUUAAAUUUUAAGGAUGAAAUAUGUUGCGCUGAUUUUCACCCAAAUGGUGAUAUUUUUGCUAUUGGUUUUGCUAAUGGAAUAUGGUCCGUGUAUAAUUGCACAAAUCGAAUACAAUUGUAUAUCUUUGAGGAAGAAAUAAACAAUGCAAUUACAACGAUACGUUUCUCAACAGUUGGCAAUUUUUUAGCUGUUGCAACUAAAGGAAAAAACUUAUCAAUUUAUGCUGUAUCGGGUGAUUUUCACCAUUAUGUUAAAGUAUCACAGAUUACGGGAUUAAAUGCUUCGAUAAAGACGAUGGAUUGGUCAACAGAUGGUACAUUGCUACGAGCCAAUGAUGAUGAUCUUCAGCAUUACAUAUGGAAUUCAAGCACCGGUCAACCGGCUAUUAUACAAGAAGCUGGUAAUGUAGAAUGGGUUUCAGCAAGAUGUCCAGUUUCAUUUGAGAAUGCUUGCAUUUUAUAUACUUUAAUGAAAUCUAUUGCUGCCAUUGAUCGUAGUCCUAAUAAGGGAUAUGUUGCAGUAGCUUUAUCAAAUGGUAUGCUUCGUUUUUAUCAAUAUCCGACAACAACAAUUAUGGCUUCAUAUAAGGAAGUAUACGGUUAUAGUAUCUGUGCACGAAAUGUUACCUUUGUUGGAGAAUUGUUGAUUAGUGAUGGUAGUAAUGAUGGAGCAAUUUAUCAAUGGAAAUUAUCUGAAGCCUAAAAUAUCAAUUUAGUUUUACAAAUGUAUUUAUGAUGUAGAUGUAAAUUUACAUGACUUUCAUUAAAAUGAAUGUCUAGUCCUUCACAUUUUCAAAACAAUCUGGAGUUAGAAUUUAUCUAAAGGUAAGAUGUGAUGCAAUUGAAUGAUCAACAACAUCCUUCUUGCAUCGUCGUAUUUCCUAUAUUAAUGGAUUAUAUCGCUGAAAUCCUUAUGAUUGUUGGAAAUUAUUUAGAUUUUCUGAUUAGUAAUCAAAGCCAAGAUAUUUCUUCAUUACAUUAUAAAUGUAAUCUGAUCAUGUAUUUUUUUUUUUUUUACAGGAAAAGCUGCAUUCUAGAAUUAAUUCUGUAAUAAUUGGUCAGGAAACAGGAUUUCAUGAAUGAUUUAUCAGCUAUCAAAUCAUUUCAUGUUAUUUAUUAUUUUUAAGUUACCGGUGGUUUUUCUUU